AAGGAAGAGGGAAAGGCCAAAUCAGUGAAAAAUGGUUCCAAAGAUCCUAAAGCUGAGAAAAGCAAGAAAAAAGUAAGGUUUUCAGGCACUACGGAGGUUUUUCCUCCAUCUGAUGAUAACUUAGUUCGGGGUAAACGUUUCUCUAGCGAAGAGGAUGAGAUCGUGAAACAGGCUGUCUUUGACUAUAUAGAGGCACAUUGUUUAGGUGAAGAAGGUUUGAACAUGGUCUUGAACUGCAGGUCACACCCUGAAGUUAAGAAUUGCUGGAAGGAAAUAACAACUUGCUUACCACAUCGGCCUCAUAGUGCCAUCUAUUAUCGUGCUCAGGUUCUGUUUCGAAGGGAUAAAAAGCGUAAAUGGACUGAAGAAGAGAUUGAAAUGCUCCGUGAGUCCCACAAGAUGCGCGGGAACCAAUGGAAGGAAUUGGCUGACGAACUUGGCAAACAUAGGUUUCAUGUAAAGGACACUUGGCGCAGAAUAAGACAUGAAAAUAUGAGAAAAGGACGUUGGUCUCAGGAGGAGUACCAGAUUCUAUUUGAUUUAGUGAACACAGAUCUGAGAAUGAAGUAUUGUGAAGAGAAGAAAUCCAAGCAUGGCAUGUUACGAGAUAAUAUUCCUUGGGCUGCAAUUAGUGAUAAAUUGCACACGCGACCUGAAGCUAACUGCUGUCUAAAAUGGUACAACCAGUUAACAUCAUCUAUGGUGACUGAAGGUUUAUGGGCUGAUGCUGAUGAUUAUCGCCUAAUUGAUGCACUUUUUCAGUUGGAUGCCAGCUGCACUGAAGAUGUGGAUUGGGACAAUCUUCUUGAGCACAGGUCUGGAGAUGUGUGUCGAAAACGUUGGAGGCAAAUGGUUCUUCACAUUGGCGACUGUCGAAGCAAUUCAUUUGCUGAUCAAGUUGAAGUACUGGCAAAGCGAUAUUGUCCAGAUCUACUCGAAGCUAGGGAGAUCUGGGAUAGCAAGCCUAUUGUCCCAUAGCCUGCUUAUUACUUUUCAUGUGAUACAGCUGUUGUAAUCCAUGAAUACCGAGUAAUUUUGAUGGUUGGGAAUUGAUAUGUUGUAUGUAUGAGCUUAGCGGAGCAGCAGUUGUGAAUUUGCAUAUGUCGAAUUGAAAAUUUUCAGCUGAAAUUUUGCGAGCAUCCAUUCUGGUGCAA